ACGUUUAUUUCAAUAACUUAGACAAACUUAACACAAAUAUUUUAAAUAAAUUUAAAAAAACUUACAUAUAAAAUUAUGUAUCCUUUACAGGAAACGUUAUUAUCAAUUAUUAUAGUCAUAAUUGUUUAUUUCAUGUUCGAAUGGAUUACGAGAGAUAGAAAAAUCAGAAUUAUUAAUAAAAUUCCUGGACCUAUAAGAAUACCUAUACUUGGAACUAUCUAUAAACCUCUUUUAUUCCCAAGAGAAGAGCUUUUUAAAAGAGCGAAAGUAGAUAUAAGAGAAUAUGGUCCUAUUUUAAAAACUUGGCUUGGCAGCACUCCAGUUGUUCAUUUAUUUGAGCCAAAAGAUAUAGAGUUAAUUUUAAAUAAUUCCGUGCAAAUAACUAAAUCGUGGCUAUAUGAUACCGCUCGCCCAUGGUUAGGGGAUGGUUUAUUAACUUCAACAGGGCAAAAAUGGUUCACUCAUAGAAAAUUAAUAACGCCAACAUUUCAUUUUACAAUUUUGGAAAACUUUAUGGAAAUUUUCGUCGAAAAAAGCAAAUUAUUAGUGGGAAAUUUACAAAAUAAGGCAAAUCAAGAAGUUUUUGAUUUGUAUCCAUACAUUACUCACUGCACAUUGGAUAUUAUUUGUGAAACCGCCAUGGGAGUAGAAAUUAACGCAAUGAAUAAUCCAAAAAAUGAAUACGUAAAAAAUGUUUCUGAUAUUACUAAAGCAACUUUUGACCGUUUAAUGAAACCAUGGUUAAAAUCUGAUUUUAUCUAUUAUAAUACUAACCAAGGGAAACGAUACAAGAAAUAUUUAUCAAAUUUGCACGGAUUUACAACCAAAGUAAUAAAAGAACGGAAAGAGAAAUUGAUUACUAAAUCCAAAACCGAUCAAUCAAACGAAUCAAACUCAUCUGAACCGGAUGUAAUCGGUGGGAAAGUUCGAAAAGCGUUUUUAGAUCUUUUAUUGGAGUCUCCCAUUAAUUUAACCGACAUGGAACUAAGAGAAGAAGUGGAUACUUUCAUGUUUGAGGGUCAUGAUACAACAACGGCAGGUACGUGUUGGAGUUUAUUUUUAUUAGGAAAUCACCCUGAUAUCCAAGAAGAAGUAUUUCGGGAAAUUACCACCGUUUUUGAAGAGUCUAAUGAUGGUGAAACUUUAACCAUUAACGAUUUAGGAAAAUUAAAAAUGUUGGAACGGUGUGUUAAAGAAGCGUUAAGAUUGUUUCCAAGUGUACCGGUGAUAGGCAGAAAAUUAACCACCGACGUUAAAUUAGAAAAUUAUUUACUCCCCGCUGAUUGCACGAUAAAUUUGGAAAUUUUUAUAACGCAUCAUGACAAAAACAUCUACCCUGAUCCGGAAAAAUUCGACCCCGAUCGAUUUUUACCUGAGAAUAUAAAAAAUAGACACCCUUAUGCAUAUAUUCCUUUUAGUGCUGGACCUAGAAAUUGUAUAGGACAAAAAUUUGCAAUGUUCGAAGAAAAAACUAUACUCGCCUAUAUUUUAAAGCAUUACAAAGUUACCGCAAUUGAAUCUCAAGAAACAGUUAAACCAAUGAUGGAGUUAAUUUUAAGACCUAAGAAUGGACUUUUAGUUAAGUUGGAACCAAGAAAAUCUUAAUAAUCAAUGUUAUUAUACCGGGAAUUUCAUAUAACUCGCACUUGGACUGUCCCACAUAAAAUGCAUCAUAGCUUAAUAGUAUAGUCAUUGGGUAGUUUUUCGGCCGUAUUAAGAGACGCACGGCUAAACCCGAAUGUUUCUAAUUUUAGAAAUAGUGUUAGUUCUACUUUUCGUCCAAUCAAAAUAUACCACUAACGCUGAAUAACAAUUAAAACUAAUACUAGACCUAGAUCUAGAAAUAUUCAGAUUUAGCCACACAUCUUUCAAGACGACUAAACCCGAAUGAUUCUAGUUCUAGAUGUUAUGUUAGUUUUAGUGACAGUGCUAGUGCAAAACUAGAAC